GUUUUCCAUUGUUUUAUAAUGAUGGUAUUUUUAGCUAUUGAGAUGAAAUAGUUUUUUUAAGCGAUUUGGUAAUUUCUAAAGGUCCGUUUUAGUCUUGUGAAAAAAGUCACAGCGCUCACUGGCGUUUUAUUAAGAUCAAAAUGCCAUCUUCACCGGAGGAAACAACUUUUCCUCAAAGACUGCAGUCAAGCAACAACUUAGGUGAACAAAAUUCAAAAGACCAAAUAAAAAAAAAUGGUUAUUUCGAGCAAGAUUUGGUAUGGAGGAAUGUAAUUAUAUAUAUAGUACUCCAUUAUCUGUUAAUUUUUGCAAUAUGGAGACUUUUGACCGGUCAAAUGAAGCUUGGAACUUUUAUUUUUCAUUGUAUUUACGCUACGGCUUCUGUCCUUGGUAUCACAGCUGGAAAUCAUCGUCUCUGGGCUCAUAGAACCUACAAAGCAAAACUGCCAUUGCGAAUAUUUUUAAUGUUAAUGCAAACAACGACCAUCCAGAAUAAUAUUUACGUUUGGGCCAGAGACCAUAGACUACAUCACAAAUACACGGACACUGCAGCUGAUCCUCACAACUCGAAUAGAGGAUUCUUCUUCUCUCACGUUGGAUGGCUAUUAAUGAAGAAGAACCCUGAAGUUAAAAACAAAGGAAAGAAUAUUGAUAUGAGCGAUGUAGCAGCUGACCCUGUGGUUCAAUUUCAGAUCAAGUAUUAUGGAAGAUUAGCUUUACUUAUGGCCUAUAUUUUACCAGCAAUAUGUACCAUGUACCUUUUUGGCGAGACGUUCGCAAACUCUUUAUUAGUCUCCAAUAUAAGACAUUUACUCGGUUUAAAUUUCACUUGGUCCGUUAACAGUGCGGCUCAUCUCUGGGGAUGGAGACCCUAUGAUAGCUCUAUCAAUCCCGUAGAAAAUCCAUCUGUUGCGCUCAUUACCUUAGGAGAAGGCUGGCAUAAUUAUCACCAUACCUUCCCAUGGGACUACAAAGCUGCUGAACUUGGUAACUAUGCUUUGAACGGAACCACUGCAUUUUUGGAUCUAAUGGCUUAUCUUGGCCAAGCGUACGACCUCAAGACAGUGUCCCCGGAGAUGGUUAGGAAACGAGUGGCCAGAACAGGAGAUGGAUCAUAUAAACAUGGUAAAGUUCCUUUGCAAAAUGGUAAUGCGAAAGAUCACCAAGAUACUACGACAAAAGAUGAAGGUUUCGUUUGGGGCUGGGAUGACAAAGAUAUGAAAGUUGAGGAUAUUAAAGACGCUACCAUAACAUUCAAAAGUAGCUAGCAAAAUAAAAACACUACCAUAUAAUAUUAUUGUACAUUAAAAACUUUGUAUUAGAUCUUUCAGAAACGAAUACCGACUGUAUAUUAAUUUAUAGGUAAAUAAAUAAAAAGACAUGUCUUUUUA